CAGAGAAAAGAGAGAUAACAAAGGCUCCAUUUCCUCUCCGGAGGGAGAGUCUGCUUUCGUCUUCCUCCCUCCCUCCCUCUCCACCCCCUGCAAAGAUGUCAGUGUCGGGCAAGAAAGAGUUUGACGUGAAGCAGAUCCUGCGGCUCCGCUGGAGGUGGUUCAGUCACCCUUCGCCAGGCGCCCCCGGGCCCGGAGGUUGCCUGCAGCAGGAAGGAUAUGAGCACAGAGGGACCGCGGGGCAGACCCGACUGAAGAGCCACUCGCGGGACAGGGGCAACGGGCUGAAGAAAAGCAGCGCCAACAGUCCUAGCCACCAGAACAUCCUGGCCCCCGUGCCAGGACCAACCCCUGCCCAUCAGAGAGCCAUUCAAACGUGGCAUCAGCAGAACCUAAUCGAACAUUUCCGAGCCAAUGAGGACAUUCCGAAAGCAAGCCCGGAGGAGAAUCUGGUCAAAGAAGGGGCAGAGGAAAACACCCCGGAUUUGCAGAUGAUUACCGAAGAAAACACGGAUGACUCUUCGGAAAGUUUACCUGUGAACAGCUCUUCAGCCUUGGGAAUGAAUAGUGGUACAUCUGAGGAGUACUUCCAGGCCACCAAUCAUGCAGAGCAGACCAUCCGCAAAAUGGAGAACUACCUCCAGCAUAAACAGCUCUGUGAUGUGUUCCUCAUUGUGGGACAUCACACGAUCCCAGCCCACAGGCUGGUGCUGAGUGCUGCAUCGGACUAUUUUGCUGCAAUGUUUACUAAUGAUGUGCUGGAAGCCAAACAAGAAGAGAUCAAGAUGGAGGGAAUAGACCCAGACGCGCUGAAAGCUUUGGUGCACUAUGCUUACACAGGUAUCUUAGAAUUGAAGGAAGACACCAUAGAAAAUCUGCUGUCUGCGGCCUGUCUCCUCCAACUUUCUCAAGUCAUUGAAGUUUGCUGCAACUUCCUCAUAAAGCAACUCCAUCCUUCCAACUGCUUAGGGAUCCGCUCGUUCGGCGACGCACAGGGAUGUGUGUGUCUCCUGAAGGUGGCACAUGAGUACACGAUGGAACACUUUGUAGAGGUGACAAAGAACCAGGAAUUUCUCCUACUUCCAGCUAAUGAAAUUGCGAAACUCCUGUCUAGUGAUGACAUUAAUGUGCCAGAUGAAGAAGCUAUACUCCAUGCUUUAAUGAUAUGGGUGAAGCAUGAUUUUCAGAACAGACAGCAAUACCUGGGAAUGCUCCUGUCUUUAAUUAGAUUGCCAUUACUUCCACCACAGUUACUGGCCGAUCUGGAGAAUAGUACCAUGUUCGUGCAUGACCUGGAGUGUCAGAAGCUCCUAAUGGAAGCUAUGAAGUAUCAUCUCUUGCCAGAAAGAAGGUCCAUGAUGCAAAGUCCUCGGACCAAGCCAAGAAAAUCUACAGUGGGGGCCCUGUAUGCAGUGGGAGGCAUGGAUGCCACCAAAGGCACCACCACAAUUGAAAAAUAUGACCUUCGUACAAACAGUUGGAUACAAGUUGGUACCAUGAAUGGUCGACGGUUGCAGUUUGGAGUUGCGGUCAUUGACAACAAGCUCUAUAUUGUGGGUGGAAGAGAUGGUCUAAAAACUUCGAACACUGUGGAAUGUUUUAAUCCAGUGACCAAAAUCUGGUGCAUUAUGCCUCCCAUGUCAACUCAUAGACACGGUUUGGGGGUGGCCAUGCUUGAAGGACCGAUGUAUGCUGUUGGUGGCCAUGAUGGAUGGAGUUAUCUUAACACUGUAGAAAGAUGGGACCCUCAAGCACGGCAGUGGAAUUAUGUUGCUAGCAUGUCAACUCCUCGAAGCACAGUGGGUGUUGCAGCGUUGAACAGCAAAUUAUAUGCUGUUGGUGGACGAGAUGGAAGCUCUUGUUUGAAGUCUAUGGAGUGUUUUGACCCUCACACCAACAAAUGGAGCAUCUGCGCAUCGAUGUCAAAGAGACGUGGCGGUGUUGGGGUUGCGACGUACAAUGGCCUGUUAUACGCUGUUGGAGGGCAUGAUGCCCCUGCAUCCAACCACUGCUCCCGGCUUUCUGACUGUGUGGAAAGGUAUGACCCAAAAACAGACACAUGGACAACAGUAGCACCUUUAAGUGUCCCUCGUGAUGCUGUCGGGAUCUGUACCCUUGGAGAUCGCUUAUAUGCAGUGGGAGGAUAUGAUGGACAUUCGUAUUUGAACACAGUCGAGUCCUAUGAUACACAAAAUAAUGAAUGGACAGAGGAAGUUCCUGUUAAUAUUGGAAGAGCUGGAGCUUGCGUUGUGGUCGUGAAACUGCCCUAAGGAGAUCCAGCAAAUAUCAAAGCAAAGCAAACUUCCAGCACAUGAAGCAGUGUAGGAGGAGAAGAGGAGGACACCAAACACGUUUGAAGUAGCAGCUGUGCUUGUUUAGAGCUAGCUCCUAAGUGGGCAAGUCAUAUCGAACUCGGUAUAUGACUCAAAACUAAAUUUAGAAUUUCUUUUUUCCAACCAGGAAUUACACAUGACAGCCACCUAAAACUGUUGUCACACUUGAUUCAUAUAAAGCCCCAUCCAAUAAACCACAUUUCAGGCUUCUGAAUGAAAAUGCUCAAUGUUUAAUGAAACUUGGUAGUGACCAAGGCAGGACAUAUUAUGAUGUGAAACAAAAUAGAGAAAGGAGUGUUGGCCUUGGGGUCACAGGACCUGGGUUCAAAUCCUGCAUCUGCCACAUACUACCAAUGUGACCUUGGGCAAGUCACUUAAUCUAUCUGGGCCUCAGUUUCCUUAGCUAUAAAAUGAAGAGGUUGGACUCCAUGACCUCUAAGGUCCCUUCCAGGUCUGAAUCUAUGAUCCUACGACUUGAUGGUCUUUAAGACCCUGCCCACUUCUGUGUCCUUCAGUCACACCCAAAGGAGGCUUUAUUUAACAUGUUUUCCAAACCUCCACAGUAUUAUUAACAGCUUUCAACUAAAAAAAAAAACUUCUGGAACUGGCAAAUGUUGUGGGAUUGUCCCUUGCCAAAAAAAAAUUUCUCUGAUUACCUAAAAUAUUAUGAUUGAACAUCUGAAGCUCUAAAGUAAGAACUUUCAAAUCUGUCUAAAUUCCAACAAGGCAUUCUUCUCUUACUCCAAUGCUGCCUCAAAGAAAUACUAAAAAUUACUCUGUUGACCCAUGUUGCUAUUGUGCUGAUCACAGUAUGUUACCUUCAUGAAAAUCGAGUUCUUCACCCACCAUCUGCUAGGACUUACUCAGAAAUUGGGCUUUCCUUAUAUUUAGUUAUAAAUGCGAUUUGGCAACAAGAAGUGGCUAGGGUCCUUUCAUAAACACAACUCACACAUUAAAAAAAUCCAGUAUUUGUCACAUUGAUACAAACUGUGGCUCCAUCUUCAAAGCGCCACCUGCCACCAAAAAAGAGUGGGUAAUGGGCUCCCCAGAUAUGCCUGAGAACUCAGUGAUUAUCAAUUGUUAACUGAGUGUGUUUGCUAAAAAUAUAAAAAUAAAAAGAUUGAAAUUCAAGAUGAUGAGAAGCUUCAUAAGGUUGGUGUUCACUUGGAAACACCACGACGUUCAACGUGCAUGAUUGUUCCUACAGUUUUCUUUCAUCUGUCAGUUUAUAUGAAGUUGUUUUUUGUCGCUGUUGUUGUUUUUGCUAAUUUCAGUCUUGUAAGGUUCCAAUAAGGAAUGUUUAGAAUGUACGUCUAAUCAAACAAAAAAAAGUGUAGUUGGGUAGUGGCUAUUUUCGCUUUAAAAUCUAACUUUCAUUUACCUAUAAAAUUAUUCAGGAUAAACCAUUGAAAAAAAUCUCUUUUGGACAGCUUUUCAGGUUGUGAAAUUAGAUUUCAUUUUCAGAUUGUGAAUAUGUGUUGCUUUCAAUGGGCUUUUUACUGUUGGUUGUGAAGAAAACUUUUAAGAAUCUCCACAGAAUAAUAGAAAGUGAAUCAUCCCACUGGUUUUUAAUUUUGCAAUGCAAUUGGCACAAAGGGAUAUUUGGAAAUUGGCAUGUGGAGUUCACAUAAACUUGGCUUUCUCUGAUAGAAUGAAUGAUUCUUGAAUGUGGCAAUGAAUUUAACCCUGUCUCCCCCCUCCUUUUCAUGCUCUCCUUUCCAGUGCCCAAAGUAAUGUAACGUAAAUAAUAAAGGGUGAUAAAGUC